AUGUCCAGAGGAGAGGAGAUGGUUUAUAUCCCAGAUGACUCCGACUUCAGCUCCUUCAGGGAUCAGUGCGAGAGCCUGGAGGGCUGGCACUGUCGGUAUAACAAGGCUGGCGUGACCGUGUGGAGUCAGGGCCAGGAGGAAAGCUGCGCCGUGCAGAAAAUCAAGACUCGCAUCUCCUGCAAGGAUGUCCCUGCCGAGACGCUCUAUGACGUACUGCACGACACCCGCUACCGCAAGAAAUGGGAUUCGAACAUGAUUGAGACCUAUGACAUCGGGCGCCUGACUGUAAACGCUGAUGUGGGAUACUACUCCUGGAAAUGCCCGAGCCCCCUGAAGAACCGAGAUUUUGUCACCCUGCGCUCCUGGCUGCCCCUGGGCAACGACUACAUGAUCAUCAACUAUAGCGUCAAGCACCCGAAAUACCCACCCCGGAAGGAUUUUGUGAGGGCCGUGUCCCUGCAGACAGGCUACCUGAUCAAGGCGAAUGGUGCCAGUGCCUGCGUCCUCUAUUAUCUCACCCAGGUGGACCCCCGUGGCUCUCUGCCAAAGUGGGUGGUGAACCGCGUCUCCCAGUUUGUGGCACCGAAGGCGAUGAAGAAGAUCUACAAGGCUGGACUGAAGUACCCGGAGUGGAAAUGCAAGCACGACCCAGGCUACAAGCCCUGGGUGUACCCGGAGCAGAACACACUGCCCAGCGUCAGCCUGGCUGAGCUCUCGGUGCAGCACGCCGACUCACUGGAGAGCAUUGAUGAGACGGGGCUGCCCGAGGACCACCUGAGCACCAGUGACCACGAAGCCUGA